GACUGAUAAUUCCUCCAGAGAAGAAGAAGAAGAGCGCGUCCCUCUCGACAGGCCAUGAUGUCGUCCGUGGAUAUGUCGAACUCAAGUCGGUCAUAUCAUCCUUCGCCCCAGCAGUUCUCAAGCUCCGACAGCCGCUACAGUGGCCAGAACAUGCGCUACGCCGCGCCGCCUCCGCGCUCGUCCACCGGUCGAGCCAAGACGGAGCAAGUGGUGCUCGAGUUCCUGUACAAGGCGGCAGAGCUCAUCGUGCAGAGUCGCGUCAACUUCCACGCCGAGCCCGACGUUCGUCGCAGCAAUCGUCGAGCCAGAUUCAACUUGGACAUCGAGGAAGUCCAAGCCGUGCGAGACUCCAUGGCUCCAUGGAAGGAGGACGUUCGAUUACCUCUAGCUGUUGAUAUUUUCUGGGAUGCAGGCAGCCACAAGGUGCUGUUGGAGCGCUGGAGCGUCACCUUUGCUGCAGACGGAGAGAGCUCCAGUGCUCAUCUGGGCUCCACGCAGGAUGUGAUCCAGCAACUUAAGGAAGUCUGUAAGAGAAUCAGUGUUCUGCUACGUGCACUCUUCUCCUUCAUGCGGCAACUCCCAGCACACAGACUAUUCACUCAGUCGUACCCUUCGAUGCUAAGCUAUACGCUGCAUACAGCUCCGGCGAGUGAUGCGACGCGAGCGUUUGAGGCUCAGCGUGUAGCCACGAACGGAUACUCUUUCGUACCCAUUAUGACACCGUUUGGAAUGCUCAAAGUAGCGGCAGUGUAUCGACGAGAUUGCGACCAGUUCACAGAGCAGCAAGAGCAGGCGGCGCCGUCGCGGAUUUUACCAGAUAACUUCAUUAUCCAGGACUAUGUGCCGGGAUCGCCAGAGCUGACACCAGCUAGUGCGCCCGUCACAAGCGCAACAAUGGCUGGCUCACCUUUGAGAGCGACAGAUCUGCGUACGGGCUCAUUUGUACCCGUGAGUGAUACUGAACAAUUCGAUGUUGGAGCUCUACAGCGUCGUCGAUCAUCUCCUCGCUCGAUUCCAGCUGCACAGUUCAGUAAUCCGGGCCUGGUGGGGGAUAAUCUAGGAGACGACGACACCGUGGUGCAGUCUCAGCCAGGGAUGUCGAAACCUAUGGCCAUCCCUCGAGUUAGCAGCAAAGGAGGCAUCGCUACUGCUGCAGGCCGAGAAGUGGGGGCUGUUCUUCAACAGGCUCAUUCAUAUGGAGGUGAACACGAAGCCCGUUUACGUGGCGCGACUGCGAAUCCUAACGUGGCUGCAGCGCCGUAUGGCUAUGGAAACGUGGCAAUCGAUCGAGACCAAGAACGCGCGUUGUCACCGUCUCUCGCAUUCCAGCAACGACAGCAGCAACUGUGGGAGGGACACGCAGACCGUCACGAUAAAGAGAUUGGACUUCAUUCAUCCCAGACAUCCUUUGAUGAGCCUGCUAGCAGUAGCAGCGCGGCUUAUCAUCCCAUGUCAACUCCGCCUCGCCACCCCAAGACUAUAUCAUUGCUACGGAAUGAUCGCAUGUGGUCAGCGUUGACCCACAAACCGUUCGUUGAGAGCUCUCCGGUUCCAGGAUCUUUUGAACGCUUUGCUCUUGACAGUGGAUUGUCCUCACAAGUACAGCACCAUACACCCGAACGCAGAAAGAGUUCAUUUAGUGGCGCAUUUGUGUCCGACAGUGCUGAAUCUAGUGCCACAGAGGCAGACAAUAGUGCCCAGAGAUUGGGAGAUGCCACACCAGCAAAGCCACCUACGAAGACGGAAGCGAUUACUAUCCACCCAAGAGCGUCACACUCACCAGCAGAAGGUUUACCUACGUUCGCUGCGAGUCCUCCGUUCCAAGCCAAUCCGUGUGAACUGCUGUCCACGUCUCCGGGGUAUGCGUACACCAAGAGUCAACUUCGUUCAGGAUCCAGCAACGUGCCCACAUUCACCACUACAGAUCGAUUGCAACGAGGGGUACACAACGUGAAGGAAUCGUCAUCAGCAGGUAUGAUUGCAGCAAAGCACCGUGGUUUCUCGCCUGAUUUCGGUGAUAGUGGUGUGACAGCAUGGGGAAUAUCACCAGACACCCCCGAUGCAUUUGGUCUCGCGCUUGCUGAUGCUGACAGUGAUGUGGUUGGAGACCGCCAAUUGUUCUCGUCGGGAAAUGCUGACGCAGAAUUCGAGUCAACUGGUGACCAAAAUGAUGAACUGGACGCUAUGAUUUUGCCUUUCGUGAUUAAUGACGGAUCUUCAAGCGCUACUACCGCUGUCGACUCUGUCUCGACGGGUGCAGGCAGUUCUUUAAGCCGUUUAUCUGGCGUUUCUUUGGACACUGCAUCCGUUGGCAGCUUUCUCCAUCAGUUGAAGAACGCACCGCGCUUGAGCAAGGGUUCCGCCCUGACAUCGUCAAUAGCUGCAGAAGAAGACCAGAAGACUUCAAACUUCGAGCAGGAAGCGGUGCCACCACCCUCAAUGUUUGACAACGAACUAGCGAGCUUCCGUAAUCUGCGUGAUGAGCUUACGCAAAUGCUCUGAAACAUAAUCGGUGUCGAAUAUUUUUUUUAUUUGAAUUUGGGUUUCUUUCAAUCUCUCAGAGGUAGCAUUUCGUUGUGAUCUUCACUUAGGAAAGCAUUAUUAAUACUGAUUACUGAUCAUUAAACUAUUGUAAGGAGUUAAUGGUAUAUUUUACGG